AUGGCAGAAGCAAUAUCGAUAUCACCCAUUGAAUUUACGUUCGAAUCGAUAUAUCCUGAUCAUUUGAAAUUAUUUGGCAGGCAUUGGUCAGUUGAUAAUCCUCGUGCAAUCAUAUUAUUCGUACACGGUUUUGGUGAUCAUUCUGGUCGUAGUGACUUUUUACCAAAGUUUGUUAAUAAACAUCAAAUAGCUGUUCUUGCGUAUGAUGUGCGUGGUCACGGUCGUUCAGGAGGUGAACAAGGGUAUCUACCUCAUAUAAACGCUUAUUUAGAUGAUAUGGAAUGUGCUCUUGGUGAAGUACGCAAAUUUUAUCCGUCUCUGAGUAUUCCCAUAGUAAUGUAUGGUGAUGGUGUUGGAUCAGCUACAAUAGUCGUAUACACAAAUCGAAGAAACACUAGACCCCUACCAUAUCAAGCUGUAGUCGCGUGUACACCUUCAAUAUGUUUUCCAAAAAAGCCAAAUAAAAUACAUAUUGGAAUCGCACGAGCAUUUGGAAAUUUAACUCCCCAUGGUCGAUUGCCCUGCCAAGCAACUCAGUACACUUAUUCAAACGACCCAGCUGUCAUUGCACAGCAUCAAAAGGAUAAAUUAGUCCAUGAUCGUUGGCCAGGCAGAACCGUGGCAAUUAUGUGUGAAUUAGCGAUAGAUAUAGAAAAACAUCCUUGUAAGUUUCCAUUGCCAAUAUUAAUUCAGCAUGGCACGAAAUCCGUAACGCCCAUAGAAUUAAUUCGUAAAUGGGCUAAUUCUUGUAUUGGCAAUAAUAUCACAUUUAAAGAAUGGCCAGAUUUUUAUCAUGAACUACAUAAUGAUCUUGGUAGAGAUGCGGUAUUUGCUUAUACUCUAGACUGGAUUGAAAAAAAUCUGAAACUAUUGACACCAAUUACAAUUGAAGUAACUUCUACAAACUUAUAG